AUGUCGAACCCUUUCCCAACCACAUCCCUGAAAUUGCAAGGCGUCCAGAUCUUGGCUCCUGUGCCCCAGGAGGCUAAGCACAUUUUCAACCAGGAGGCCUUGGGUCUUGUUGCCACUUUGCACCGUGCCUUCAAUGGUGAGAGAAAGCGUUUGUUGGCCAACAGACAAGAGGAGCAGAAGUUGAGAGACGAGGGUGUCUUGCCAGACUUCUUGCCAGAGACUGCCCACAUCAGAGAGGACCCUUCUUGGACUGGUCCUCCAUUGGCCCAGGGCUUGCAGGACAGAAGAGUUGAGAUCACUGGUCCUACCGACAGAAAGAUGGUCAUCAAUGCCUUGAACUCCAACGUUGCCACCUACAUGGCUGACUUUGAGGACUCAUUGACCCCUGCCUGGAAGAACUUGGUUGACGGUCAGGUCAACUUGUACGACGGUGUCCGCAGAAACUUGUCUUUCAGCUCCAACGGUAAGCAGUACAAGUUGAACUUGGACCCAAAGAGACACAUUCCAACCUUGAUUGUCAGACCAAGAGGCUGGCACUUGGAGGAGAAGCACGUCUUGGUUGACGGUGAGCCAGUUUCUGGUGGUAUCUUCGACUUUGCCCUCUACUUCUACAACAACGCCAGAGAGACUUUGGAGCGUGGUUUCGGUCCAUACUUCUACUUGCCAAAGAUGGAGCACCACUUGGAGGCUAAGUUGUGGAAUGACAUUUUCAACUUCUCCCAGGACUACAUUGGACUCCCAAGAGGUACCAUCAGAGGUUCUGUCUUGAUUGAGACCUUGCCAGCUGCUUUCCAGAUGGAUGAGAUCAUCUACCAGUUGAGACAGCACAUUGGUGGUUUGAACUGUGGUAGAUGGGACUACAUCUUCUCUUUCAUCAAGUCGAUGAGAAAGCACAAGGAGUUCAUCUUGCCAGACAGAUCCCAGGUCACCAUGGCCUCUCCAUUCAUGGCUUCAUACGUCAAGUUGUUGGUGCACACGUGCCACAAGAGACAGGUGCACGCUUUGGGUGGUAUGGCCGCUCAGAUUCCUAUCAAGGAUGACGAGGCCAGAAACAGAGCCGCCUUGGAGAACGUCACCAAGGACAAGUUGAGAGAGGUCCAGGCUGGUUGCGACUCUUGUUGGGUUGCCCACCCAGCUUUGGUCCCAGUUGUGUUGAAGGUCUUCAACGAACACAUGAAGGGUCCAAACCAGAUCAACGUCCCACCAAAGACUCCUUACAAGCCUGUCACUGCCAGAGACUUGUUGAGUCCUUACGUGCCAGAGGCCAAGAUCACCGAGCAGGGUAUCAGAGCCAACUGUAUCAUCGGUUUGUCUUACAUCGAGGCCUGGUUGCGUAACGUUGGCUGUGUUCCUAUCAACUACUUGAUGGAGGAUGCUGCUACCGCCGAGGUGUCCAGAACCCAGCUUUGGCAAUGGGUUACUCACGGUGCCGUGACUGACCAGGGUCAGAAGGUUACCAAGGAGUACGUUGCCAAGCUCUUGGACGAGGAGUACUCCAAGUUGGCCAAGUCUGCUCCAGCCGGCAACAAGUUCAAGCCAGCUUUGGACUACUUCAAGCCAGAGGCUUUGGGUGAGAAGUACUCUGACUUCGUCACCACCUUGAUCUACAACGACGUCACCACCGUCGGUAGACCAACCACUGCUGAGAAGUUGUAG